GCGCUGCCUGCCGCCCGCGUGAACCACGCGCCUCGCUCUCCCGCGCGAUCAAUACCAUCUAACCUACACCACUUAAAUACAAACCUUUAUGUAACUUUACUUCAAUGGAUCAUCAAAGUGAUAUUCUGAACCUAUCCCUUUGAACCAGUGAACGAUGCACAAUUGUAAAUAAUUAAAUAUUAAGACUGAAGAAUGCACCAAAUUGUAGACCAAGUGUUAAAGUGUGUAUUGUGUGUAUGAGGUGACUGUGCCUUUGAGAGAAUCAUGACGUCGUUGAAGCAUGGUGUUAACCUUUCAAGACGGGCGUGCAGGCGGGGCCUUAUUUUGGUGGCCCUCAUGACUCUGCCACUUAUCUGCUGCAAUCCUGUUGAAAGCACUACGAAACAGACUCCGUCCAUAAAAGUCGAUGGUCUAUCCACGUACCCAGGGGUGGGAUUUGGGCCCAUGGGACCCGUGGCCCCAUUCCCCGGUGAGCCCCCAGGCACGCAGCUUCGACAACAACAAGACCCCACGACUGUGGAGCCAGCGAUUGAGGCACCGAAGUCGGAGAGGAAGUUCAAAAUUGCCUCAGUUGAAUUCUACAGAGUGGAAACUCCGUUUUUGAUUGGCGUAUGGAUAUUCUUUGCGAGCAUUGCAAAGAUUGGUUUUCAUAUGGCUCCGAAAUUAUCAAAGAUGUUUCCGGAGUCUUGCCUUCUGAUCUUCGUGGGGGUACUCAUAGGGGCCUUGCUCCUGAGUACUCAUAGCGUUCACGUACAACCACUGACUCCAGACACCUUCUUUCUCUAUAUGCUGCCGCCCAUCAUCUUGGACGCCGGUUAUUUCAUGCCAAACAGACUGUUUUUCGACCAUCUAGGAACUAUACUGUUAUUUGCGGUUGUGGGUACGGUGUUCAACACGUUAACCAUAGGGGCAUCGCUAUGGGCUUGCGGGCAAACAGGCAUGUUUGGAUGCACAACACCCCUUCUGGACAUGUUGCUCUUCGGGGCUUUGAUCUCUGCAGUGGAUCCAGUAGCAGUUCUGGCCGUCUUCGAAGAGAUCCACGUGGAUGAAGUGCUGUACAUCGUGGUGUUCGGAGAAUCAUUGUUGAAUGAUGCUGUUACUGUCGUGCUAUAUCAUAUGUUUGAAACUUACGCAGAAAUAGGGCCAUCACAUCUAAAAUACACAGACUUCCUAGCGGGUUUCGCCUCGUUCCUGGUAGUGGCAAUUGGAGGGACCUGUAUCGGCGUGGUAUGGGGAUUCGGCACCGGACUGGUGACCAGGUUCACACAUGAAGUCCGCGUCAUUGAGCCUAUCUUCGUCUUUGUCAUGGCUUAUUUGUCUUACUUAAAUGCUGAGAUGUUCCACAUGAGUGGGAUUUUAGCUAUAACAUUCUGUGGUAUAACAAUGAAAAACUAUGUUGAGGCGAAUAUAUCGCACAAGUCUCAUACGACAAUAAAGUAUACGAUGAAGAUGCUCUCUUCCUCGUCAGAGACCAUCAUCUUUAUGUUUCUUGGCGUUGCCACAGUGAACAAUAACCACGACUGGAACACUUGGUUUGUUCUCUUGACUAUUGUGUUCUGCUCGGUCUUUCGGAUUAUAGGAGUGUACAUUUUUAGCGCAGUAGCUAAUAAGUUUCGUUUGCACAAAUUAGAUAGAGUCGAAAAAUUUGUUAUGUCUUAUGGAGGUCUUCGAGGAGCUGUUGCAUUUGCAUUGGUGCUAUUAAUAGAUCCUGGUAUAGUGAAACUACAGCCGAUGUUCGUCACUACAACAAUCGCGGUGAUCUACUUCACUGUUUUCAUCCAGGGCAUCACUAUCAAGCCCCUUGUCAAGAUACUUAAUGUUAAGACUGCUGAGAAACGAAAGCCAACUAUGAAUGAGAGGAUUCAUGAACGGUUUAUGGAUCAUUUGAUGGCAGGAAUAGAAGAUAUCUUAGGUAAACAUGGUAAUCAUCACAUAAGGGAUAAGUUCAAGAGAUUCGACAAUCGGUUUAUAAGACCGUUUUUGUUGAGAAAUUAUCAGGUAAAUGGUGCGGAACCAAAAAUCUUAGAAACGUAUUCAAAAUUGGCUAUGAAGGAUGCCAUAGAAUAUAUGCAAAGGAAUGCGUCUACUAUAGGUAAUAUAUCUGGUGCGGAAUCCAUGUCGGCUAUAUUUAAGAAUUAUACUAAUGCUAAUCUCAACGCGAGCCCUAGCUUCAGUCAAUUAGACUCAUCGACAUGGAACAUAGAUAUGCAAGAAUUGGAAUACAAUCCUAGCAAGAAAGACCUGACAGACGCAAAGAUUCACCACCUUUUAGCCGAGGAACUAUGUAAACCGUAUAGACGUGUAUGUCAUCGACGAUUAAGCUACAGCCGGCACGCUGUGAACGAUAAAGAUCUCGGCACGCAAGUCAACUACAAAACCCACAUGAACAUUCGGCGGCUCGUUGGUGACAGAAAACAUCACCACAAGCGUAGCAAACGUGGAAAGCAGGAUGGCAAAAACCAUGUGACUUUCCCAGAAUUCCAGCAAAAUGGUUCGGCCAAACAGUUCACGCACGACUACAUAGAUGAAGUUCUUCAAGAAGACGAGAGUCUGAUGAAGGUUCCGCGUCGCGACGGCGACGAUGGCGGUAUUACUUUCACUGCAAAAUCCCCGCCUGGAUGUAAAGAAGUCAGUCCUACGUCCUCGCAUAAAGAGAAUAGUAGUUCGCUUAUAAACCAGCUGGCUAACUUACCUGGAUUCAAUCCGCUGAAAGCGAGGAUAGUCAAGCAGUACGCUAAAACGCCUGAAGAAAUUCUGCCUACAGCUGUUGAGAAAUCCUUACCGUGGAGAAGGGACAGAUCCACGUAUAAUUUUGUUCCUAAUGAAGACAUCUUAGAAGAAGACGAAAGAAGAAUUUCAGAAGAUACAGAUUCAUACACGUAUAUGACCGUGGCGGAGCAAGCACGUGUCGCUACUCCGACUGCAACAGAAACCAUGUUGCCUUGGAAACGUGAAGAGGCCGACUCCGGUGCACUCAAGCAAUCGGAAUUCCCAUCCUGGGCUUCUAAUAAGGAAUACUUGGCAUAUAGCUCACCGUCCGCUACUUUCUUAGGUGGUAUAGAGAAGCCAAAACAUCCGAAAUCUAUCAUAGGUCUCUUCCGAAGAGAGAGCUCUAGUUCUACGCAGGGUCCGGAGGCUGGUACUUCGGACUCUGAAAAGGGUGAAGGAUCGACGAAGGGAGAAUCUUUCUCGAAUAAGGGUGAACCUAGUCAACGACAUGGUCCCAGCUUGCUUUCAAAAAGGAGCACCAGCCUUGGUGGGCCGUCAGUGUUGCUGAUGGAAGAUGUAGCCCACUCGGACCCUCUUGGCGCUUCGUCCCGUCCUGCCAGUAUUAUGCAAGGACCCCAUCGAGGACAGUGCAGAAGAGGCUCUAUGCUAGAACUCACAGGGUCUCUAUCCCGAGAUGCAAUAACAGAAGAAAAAUGUUGCAAAUCGCUACCAGAAAGCGAACGGAUGGGAGUUCGCCGGUUGCCUCUUGGCCAGCAAAGUCUACCACGCGAGCCGUUUAUCCGACAGCUUAGAUUGGCCUCGACCCUUGUUACCAGCUCAUCAUCGGAAGAUUCAUCCGACGAAGGUACCUGAGUGCCCCGACGUGGUGACCACGAUCGGUUGCCACUUCUCAAGUACAGGACGCUAGAGUAAAAGCGCUGACUUGAUAUUAAAUAAGUGAAAUUUUACACUAUUGCAUAGUGUGUUAACUGAUCAACAAAUUUAACAAUUGCGGUUAUGUGCGGAGAAUAAAUUACAGAAUAUUAUAUAAAUCAUAUUAUGUAAAGCGCUAAAGUGCGAACUAAAGGAAUUACUUCUAGAGACACCUUUUAAACAGUGCUGUGAAAUUGUGGUGUAGAUAUAAAUGCGCUCUAGUUUUAUAUUUAAUGUGAACUCAUUCUAUUUUAAAUUUAAAUUUUGAAAGUUAAUUAUAUUUUGUUAUUUCAAACUUCUGAUAACUUUGCAUAGGAUAGCGUGACCAUUAUUUUUUUUU